AUGCACGCUGCCCGCAAACGGGUCCUCGACCUGCGGGAUGUCAACUGGUACCAAGACGGCAGGGCAGCAGAGAGGGACGGUGCGGUCCCCCAAGGCGAGAGUCUAACCCCCUUCCGCGUACAGCUACCGACGGCUUGGCUGCCCGAUCUCGCGACCCAGGAGCUCCUGCCCGAGCCGUACUUCACGUACGCGCACCUGGUGUUCCCGAUCCUCCACGAUCGCACCGUCAUGGACGACUUCCGCAACGGCAAGAUGUCCGCGUCCUCGCCCUUACUCAGACGCCGCGUCCCCCAUUUUCACGUCAUCCCUGCACAGGCUGUGGAGGUGACGCAUGCCGACCCUCCUCCUGCUCGCGAUGUUCUCCCUCGCAGCACGCUACUCCCCGCACGCCACGGCGCCCCACCAGACGACGGCUCGAUGCAACCGCUGGCGACAACACCUGCCACACGAUCCUUUUCCUCGGCUACCCCACAACGCGUUCCUACAGCCGUGGUCAUCUCCGAGCUCCAGGUGCUUGUGCUGCGCCAUGCGUUCGCGUUGCCCUCGCGCUCAUCGCUUCUGCGUCCCCCAUUCGAGGACGGCACCUUCAACGCCUCAAAGGUGGCUCGUGAACUCGUCCACGUUCAGCACAAGCACCGCCAGAACCUCAUGAACCUCAAGAACAACAAGUUUGUCAUCGGCUUCAAUACAGGCUCGUCCGACCUCUGGGUUCCGUCCACCUCGUGCGACUCGUGCGGCUCGCACAACAAGUACGAUCUGUCGACCUCCGGCAAGGAGAGCAGUUCGUUCUCGAUCAGCUACGGCGAUGGGUCUACCGCCUCUGGCAAUCCCUACACUGAUACCGGUACGUUCUCUGACAUCGAUCACGUCAGCGUUGUACCAUUCAAGUUCUCAUACUCACCCCACAGCCCGCUGUCGGUGGCGACAAGGUCAUUGGCCAAGACCUCGCUGCUGGGACUCAAGAGUCCCCCAGUCGGACCACUCGGACGGUCUCCUUGGCCUCGCACCGCCGUGUUGCAAAGGACGGCAAAGGAGGGCCGCUUUGGCUUCAAGCUCACCUCCUCCGACUCCGAACCCUACAUCGGUGGCACGAACUCGGACCUCUACAAGGGCGACGAGAACACGCGUUCUUUGUCGACGACAACGGCGUCGGUUUCGCCGAGCUCGUUUGAAAACGCGCCUCAUGAUAGCUACUUGCAGCCGAACCCAUUUACGCAGAGCGUCCCGCUCGAUCCCUUCCUUUGCGAGCUGUCUGCGCUGCACGCCGCCGGCUGGUUUGACAUCAGCAAAAGUGCGAAAUGA